AUGACGUCAGCGUCCACCAAGGUCGGAGAGAUCUUCUCGGCGGCCGGCGCCGCCUUCACGAAGCUCGGGGAGCUGACGAUGCAGCUGCAUCCCGUGGCCGACUCUUCGCCCGCGGGUGCGAAGUGGACGGAGACGGAAAUAGAGAUGCUGAGGGCUGCUGUGAAGCGAUUUGGGGACGAUCUUAAUCACAUCAGCUGUGUCAUCAAGGAACGGACAGUGGCUCAGAUAAAGGCCACUGUGAAACGAAAAGUGUAUGAAGACUCUGGCAUUCCCCUUCCAGCCGAAUCACCUAAGAAAGGGCCCAAGAAAGUGGCAUCUGGUGUUCUGUCGCCUCCUCCAGCAGCCCCCCCACCUAGCAGCUCCAUUGUCCCUGAGGCCGGAGGCCCCCCUGUAAAGAAGCAGAAAGCUGAUGUGACACUCAGUGCUCUGAACGACUCUGACGCCAACAGUGACCUAGUGGAUAUUGAAGGGCUGGGAGAAACUCCUCCAGCCAAGAAACUCAACUUCGACCAGGACAGCCUGACCUUGGAUUCUGGACUUCUCAUGACCUCUGCUGACCCUCCUCUACUCUCCCAUUGA